GAACGUCAGCAUACUGUCCCAAAACAUUUUGGCUAUAGUGAAACAAUGUAGCGAAACGUUAACGCAACAUUUAGCAUUCUAAAAUGUAACAGUUGGGCUUUAGAAAAGAACGUCGAUGUGCUCUGGUGAAACAUUCUAAAUAACAGUCAAUGCAAAGGGUACACUGACUGAACAUACAAUGUAACAGCUCGGACAACAAAUCCUUACACGGAAGUUGUAACUCAAACCCAGCUAACAGAACACGUUGGCUCCUCCGGGGAGAACGGAGAUUUGAAGGGGAGUGUGAAGUUUAGGGAAGAGCCCUCUUCUGCUGCUGACGCGGAUGGGAUUGUUUGAGCAACGACACAGAGGACCACCGAAUUCCAACCAUGUUAUCUUGGAUUACAAGUGUUUGGACCAUUUUUGCGGUAGCACAAUGUUACUUUCCAGAGGAAAAUUAUACCGAAGAUUCAAAGAUGCAGCAGCCCACAGUCGUAAUAGCAAUCAUAGCACGGAACGCCGCUCAUUCUUUACCCUACUACCUCGGAGCUCUCGAGAGAUUAAACUAUCCCAAAGAGCGCAUCUCUAUCUGGGUGGCGACAGACCACAACAUUGACAACACAACAGCAAUCCUGCAAGAAUGGCUCACAGUCAUGCAAACACACUAUCACUACGUGGAGUGGAGCCCUUUAGAUAACCCCAUAUCCUAUGUAGGUGAGCUGGGGCCCAAGCACUGGACUAAUGGCCGCUAUGAGUAUGUCAUGAAGCUCAAACAGGCAGCGCUGAACUUUGCCAAGAAACGCUGGGCUGACUAUAUUCUGUAUUCAGACACAGACAACAUCCUGACUAACCCGGAGACACUCAACCUCUUGAUGGCGGAGAAUAAGUCAGUCAUCGCCCCUAUGCUGGACUCACAGUCAGCGUACUCCAACUACUGGUGUGGCAUCACUCCACAGGGAUACUAUCGUCGUACUGCUGAGUACUUCCCCACAAUGUUGUUGAGUUUUCUGUGUUUCUAAGGGGUGCUGUUGUUGUACUCCACUAUUCUGCUGGACCUGCGCAAAGAGGGCACCAAGAAAGUGUCCUUUCACCCCCCUCACAAAGACUACUCCUGGCCCUUUGAUGACAUCAUCGUUUUUGCCUUCUCCUGCAGGAUAUGGGAGGUUCAAAUGUAUCUGUGCAACAAGGAGCGUUACGGAUAUCUGAACGUACCUGCAAAACCUCAUCAGACCGUGGAGGAUGAUCAAAUCAAUUUUGUCCACCUUUACCUGGAAUCUCUGAUCCACGGGCCGCCAAUGUAUGUGUCUCGCUAUGUCCACGUUCCUCCCAAACAGUCUGAUCUCAUGGGCUUUGAUGAGAUCUACUUGAUAAACCUGCGCAGACGUCCAGACCGCAGGGACAGGAUGUUAUGGUCGCUGUAUGAGCUAGAGAUUGAUGCUAAAGUUGUGGAUGCUGUUGAUGGAGCGGCUCUGAACAGCAGCGAUAUUAAGAUUCUAGGUGUCGAUCUCUUACCUGGUUACUAUGACCCUUUCUCCGGCCGCACGCUGACCAAGGGAGAGGUGGGCUGCUUCCUGAGCCACUACUACAUCUGGAAAGAGAUGGUAGACAUGCAGCUAGACAAGGUGCUGAUUUUUGAGGACGAUGUGCAUUUCCAAACCAACUUUAAGCGUCGCCUGAUGCGGCUGAUGGAGGAGCUGGAGCAGGUGGAGCUUGACUGGGACAUCAUAUACCUGGGCAGGAAGAAGGUGAACCCUGAAGAGGAAGUCCCAGUGGAGAAUGUGAGGAACCUGGUGUACGCUGAUUACUCCUACUGGACGCUCUCUUACGCCAUCUCUCUUCAGGGAGCUCAGAAGCUCCUUAAUGCUGAACCGAUAUCCAAGAUGCUUCCUGUGGAUGAGUUUCUACCCAUCAUGUAUGACAAGCACCCCAAUGAGGAUUACAAAUCCCACUUUCCCAAUCGGAAUCUGAUGGCGUAUUCCACACACCCCCUUCUGGUGCAGCCCUGCCAUUACGCCGGGGACCCAGAGUGGGUGAGCGACACAGAGACGUCUACGCUGUGGGAUGAUGACAAUGUGCGCACAGACUGGAGGGGCUCGCAUAAAACUCUCAAGGGUUAUCAGCCACCGGCCGGCCUGCAGAGCGCCACUCACAAGGACGAGUUGUGAAGUACUGUCCCAAAGACACUUAAAUGGCAUAAAUGGUCAUUUUCUAAGAGUGGAGGGAUUAGAACGAGUGAGCAGCUUUUUAGAAAGGCAAAUGUCACUCAAUGACCUCAGGACUGUGGAAGAGACGAAGGAGACCUGGGACCAAUCCUUAGGAAGAGACUUUCACUCUUUUUUUUCUUGUUUUCCAGUAAACAUUUUCCAGAUACAUUUACUUACUUAGUAAAAUAAAAGAAAUUAAAAUGAAAGUUAUUAAGACAUGUUUUCAGACAAUAUGUACUGAAUUAAGUUUGUUGGCAUUUUUCUUGUUUUAAGCACAAGUCUAACAACGAGAAAAUUAGAAAAUUCAAAAACAGAAAAAAAAAAUAUAUAUAUAUAUAUAUAUAUAUAUAUAUUUAAUGGAAAUUAAGAACUGUUAAGGCUAUAGGGUGCAAUAAAUCUGAUGACUUUUAUAGUUGACCACGAUUCAAGAGGAAAAAUGUUAUAUUAUAUAUUUGAGGAGAAGGUUUUUGUCCAUCUUUUGGAACAGAUUAAGCAAAUUUUGUAUCUCUGUUAGGGUAUUUUUCUCUAUUAACUAUAUAAAAAAUUACAUUUGAUAGCUUUUAUGAAGUAGAGCAUUAGAAAUUUUAUUACUGGAUUUUAUUUAAAGUUUGAACAACUGUCACAAGGACUAUCAUGCUCAGGCAAUCGUGUAUUUGAAAAGUGUGUGUGGUGAGUUUUUUUCUAUUUUGGUGUAUUUUUGCUGUUCAUGUCGAAUUUCUCUGUUCCCAUCAUAAUCAUUUGUUCUUAUUUAUUUCUCUUCCCCGUCUUAUUCCCUUCUGUGUCUCUCCAAACUGAACAGCAGGAGCAAAUGAAAUGUCAUGAUAAGAGUAUGCAUGGCAGUUUGGGUAAAUUUGGUUGUUUUUGAAAAAAAUUAAAUAAAUUAAAGAUG